AUGCCGGGUCCGUUUGAGAUUGAUCGUUCGCCACCGAGCGCUGAGUUGUUGGAAGUUGCAAAACAGGAGCUACGGGAGACGCCCGAAGUCCGUGCGGCCGCCAUUGAGGAGCUGCGCAAGCUGCUUAAAGCUAGCAACCUAAACUUCCCGGACGAUGACGAAUUCUUGCUGAUCUACCUGCGUCCGACCAAGUUCUAUCCCGAAAGUGCCCUUAAAUUGAUGCGCAGUGUAGCCGAGUUUAACAAGACCUACAAGGAUCUGCUGCACAACUUGAUGCCCGUGGAUGUGAAGUCAGUGUUUGUCGACCAUGGACUGAUCAACAUCUUCACCAACCGGGAUCAGAAGGGUCGCCGCCUUAUGGUGGUGCAUAUGGGCGAAAAGUGGAACACGAAGGAGGUGUCCGAGGACCAGAUCUUCCAGGCGCUCUAUACCAUCCAGAAGCUGGCCGUCCUUGAAGCGGCCACGCAGAUCAACGGAGCGGUAGUGAUCUACGAUUUCAAGGGCAUGGGCAUGGGCCACGUGAAGGCCAUGUCGACGAGCGGUGCCAAGCGUCUGCUGACCUUCAUCCAGGAGGCCUGUCCGUUGCGCAUGAAGGCUGUCCACUUCGUUAACGAGCCGAUGAUCUUCAACAUGGUGUGGUCGCUUUUCAAGCCCUUCGUGAAGGAGAAGCUGAACAAGCGUAUGUUCUUCCACGGCGAGAAGAUGGCUAAACUGCACGAACACGUCCCUAAAGAGUAUCUGCCAGCCAACUACGGCGGAACUCUUCCAGCACUGGACUACGGCGGCAAGGAGUGGUACCCGGUUGCUGAGCAGUUUAACGAAUUCAUCACAAAGUGGAACUCGUGCGGUUUCAAAUAG